AAGAAAUUGUCCCUUUUAGCGGUUUCCAACUCAUCCCCUAAAAAAAGCUCGGAUUUUGUUGGGUUGUCCUAAGUGAGAGAGUGUUUGGGAUAUUUUUAGAGAGAGAAAGAGGGCAUUUAGAAAAAAAAAAAAGGAGGAUUUAAAGAGAGAAAGAGAGAGAGGGCUGGGAGUAUUUAGUAUUGAGUCUUAUGAUCUUCGGUUUCACUUUCUCUAUCCUCUUUUGCGCUGCUCCCCCAUCAAUUAUUUUCCUUUCUCAACCCCAAAAAACCAGAAUGGUAUUCAAAUCCACCUCUCUUUCUCUCUCUAAGCUCUUCUCUCUAAGCUUAAGAUGAGGGAUCUUCCAUUCUCGCCCCCAAAACCCAACAAUUACUGUUAUCCAAUGUCUCUAACAGUGGGGAUAGUGGUUUUGUAGGGUGGUUUUCUCAAUGGAUUUUGUGGGUGUAGAUGGUUUGGGGUUCUUGGGUACCUCUGAAACUGGUUUUUCUUGCUCUGGGUUUGAGUUUGAGAGCAAGCAAAAGGAUAAUGGUUUUGGAUCAGGGUGCCUUAAGCAAGGGAGGUCUGGUUCUGAUGAGGAAUGGAGGAGCUUUAAAAUGGCGAGGAGGGAAGAUUACAGUGCUUCCAAGGCAAUGGUGGCUCAACAACAAAGACCCACUUUGCUUAGAUCCAAUUCUUUGUACCCUGAUGCCCAGUUUGCCUAUUCUCUCUCUAGAACAGAGAGUGGCCAGUUGUGUUACUCUUCUCUCUCUAGAACUGAGAAUGGCCAGUUGGGUUACUCCUCUCUCUCUAAGACUGAUAAUGGUGGUGCAUUUUUCUCCAGUGAUGGAAUCUCUACCACAACCCCAGCUUUGCCAUUUUACCAGUCUACUCCUUACACCAAAAAUACAGGUUUAAUUUCAGGCAGCUCUAACGGGAACAUGCACGGGGUAAUGACAGGAGUGCGAGGGCCUUUCACUCCAUCGCAGUGGAUUGAGCUUGAGCACCAAGCCCUCAUAUUCAAACACUUGACAACAGGAGCUCCAAUCCCAGCUAAUUUACUGAUUUCUCUAAGAAAAACCCUUAAUCCCUCUGGUUUCCCAAGUUAUUCAGCUGGAUCUCUGAGACCCAAUUCGUUGGGGUGGGGGUCUUUUCAUCUUGGUUUUUCAGGAAAUUCAGAUCCCGAACCAGGACGGUGUCGAAGAACUGAUGGGAAGAAAUGGCGGUGCUCGAGAGAUGCGGUUGCUGACCAAAAGUAUUGCGAGCGACACAUGAACAGGGGCCGCCACCGUUCAAGAAAGCCUGUGGAAGGCCACACUAAUGGCCAUGCCUCCUCUUCUCUCCCUAAAACCAUCACCACCAACUCAACAACCACCUCGACAACAAUGGCGAAGUCGUUGACCUCUUCUUUAAAUGUGACUGUCUCAAAUGGUGGGGGUUCGAGUCUUGCGGUGGUGAAUCAGAUGAAGAGCUUGCCGGUUUCUGAAAGCUCCUUGCCUGCCUCGCAGUUUGAUAGGUUCAUGAUCAACAAAGCGAAAUUUGAUGAACAUCAAGGCCUCUCAAUGGUUUCCUCAAUUGGACUUAGGCCAAAAGCCCCUUCCUUUCCACUACCAAAGCAAAACCUUCCCUCUGAUUUUGGUCUAAUUUCCUCCAAAAACUUGUUAAACCCAUCAAGGAACUCAUAUUUACAUAGCCGAAACUUCAUUGAUGGGUGGCCAAAAACAUGUUCUGAACCAGAGGAGAGAACCCAACUUUCUAUAUCUAUCCCUGUCGCCUCGUCCGACUUCUCUUCCUCUUCUUCAUCACCCACUCAAGAGAGCGCGUCCCUUUCUCCCCUGAAACUCUCUAGAGAUGUGGACCUUUUUCAAAUGGGUUUAGGGGUUGGACCCCUUAAUGAAACAUGUAAUCGACAAGCUAAUUUGUUACCCAUUUCAUGGGAGACCUCCAUGGGAGGACCUCUUGCUGAGGUCCUCAAUUCCACAAAUAACCCUAAAGACUGUAAGAGUAAUUCUUCUUCGGCACUUAAUCUCAUGGGUGAGAGCUGGGAAAUGAGCCCAAGAAUGGGGUCCUCACCUACAGGAGUUCUGCAAAAGGCAUUCGGCUCUCUCUCUAACAGUAGCACAGGAAGCAGCCCAAGAGCAGAGAACAAAGCCCAACAUGAGAGCACCAGUCUCUGUGAUGAUCUAUUUGUUUCGACUUUUGUAAAUUCAUCUUCAAUCCCAUCAUUGUGAGUUCUUGGUUUCUCUCCUGUGUAUGUCUCCCCCUCUGUGAUGAGGCUAAAACUUUGGGUAAUGGAAAGGAGGAAGAAAAACAGUUCAAUCUGAGAGCAUCUGUGGCUCCUUUCUCUUUCAUCUCGUGCUAUUUCAUUGAUUUCUUUUUCCUUUUUAUAGUUUGUUGAAGAAACAGGCCUGCAUUUCUAGUGGGCAAUUUUGUGCUGGCUUCCAACUGAUACCAGUCAUUUCAGUUUGUGUUGA